GCGGCUCUACACAAGUGCAAACUAAGUGAAGUGACCCCUUCGUGUCGCUUGUACUGGUCAAUGCAUGAUUGAUUUCUGUAUUUUUAAGGUUGAAACUAUAACUUUACAGCACUUAAACUAUGUCUGUCUUUUGCGAAGUUCCCCAAGCAGCACCCGUGGCCGUGUUUAAACUAACACAGGACUUCAAUAACGACCAGUUUCCUCAUAAAGUCAACCUCGGUGUUGGGGCAUAUCGUACAGAUGAAGGCAAACCGUGGGUUUUGCCAGUUGUGAAAAAGGUGGAAAAGCUCAUCGCCAGCGAUGACAAACUGAACCAUGAGUACCUACCUAUCCUGGGUUUGCCCGAGUUCAGAUCCUCGGCGUCUAAGAUCGCGCUUGGAGAUGGUAGCCCUGCCAUCCUUGAGAACAGGGUGGGGGCAGUUCAAUGUCUUGGUGGCACAGGUGCAUUGAAGAUGGGAGCAGAGUUCCUUAGACGUUUCUACAAUGGAUGCAACAACACAAAGACACCUGUCUAUGUCUCUGCGCCUACCUGGGAGAAUCACAAUGGCGUUUUCACCAAUGCCGGUUUCGAAGAUGUACAUCCCUACAAGUACUGGGAUGCGGAGAAGAGAGGCCUUGAUCUGUCUGGCUUCCUUGGUGACUUGGAGAGCUGCCCAGAGCGUUCCAUAUUUGUCCUGCAUGCCUGUGCCCACAAUCCAACUGGCACAGACCCCACACAGGAGCAGUGGAAGCAGAUUGCAGAGGUCAUGAUGAGAAGGAAGCUGUUUGUAUUCUUUGACUCUGCUUAUCAAGGAUUUGCUUCAGGCAGCCUGGAUAAAGAUGCCUGGGCCGUCCGUUUUUUUGUCUCUAUGGGCUUUGAAAUGUUCUGUGCCCAGUCUUUCUCCAAAAACUUUGGCCUCUACAACGAGCGUGUUGGCAACCUGACCGUGGUGGCUCGUGAUGCAGACAACCUGAAGAGGGUUCUGUCCCAAAUGGAGAAGAUUGUGCGGACCACCUGGUCUAACCCACCCAGUCAAGGGGCUCGCAUAGUAGCCGUCACCUUGAACUCCCCGGAGCUCUUUGUCGAAUGGAAAGAAAACGUGAAGACCAUGGCUGAUAGGGUAUUGUUGAUGAGGGCCCAGCUGAAAGACAAGCUCCAGGCUUUGGGGACACCAGGAACCUGGCACCACAUCACAGAGCAAAUUGGCAUGUUCAGCUUCACCGGACUCAACCCCAGACAAGUGGAAUACAUGGUGAAGGAGAAACACAUCUACCUGAUGGCUAGCGGACGCAUCAAUAUGUGUGGCUUGACCAGCAAGAACAUAAACUACGUGGCUGAGUCAAUACAUGAGGCUGUCACGAAGGUCCAGUAGAAGACUACUCAUCUUCCUUCCAAGACACUUUUACUGGACACGCAAGUAAUGAACUUUAAGUGACUCAAGGCAGGGGGAGGGGAAUCUGCUUCAAGGGUCCUAACAUGUCCCCAGAGGAUUUUUUUUUUGUUUUUUUUUUGCUAACCUACCAUGCAGUUCUAAAACAGAGGAAUUGCUGUGUAGACCCUUAAUUUUAGUAUUUAGCAUUUAUUUCCUCAUUGUACACAGUGGGUAUAAAAUAAUAUACAGAUUUUAAAUGCCAGGUUUUCUAGGAUAGAAAAAAAAAUGUUAAUCUUUGUUUGGACUCUUUAUAUCCACUCUUUAAUGAAUAUUUACUUGUAGAUCUUUUUAUUUAAAGAAAAAAAAAAGUAGUUCAAAAUGAUUUACAAUCCAAGGCUCCUUCUACUGGCUCACUCGGACCCUAUAAGCCAGAUAUGUCCAAAGUCCGGCCCGGGGGCCAAAUGCGGCCCUUGGUCAAAUUUCAUCCGGCCCCCAGCCUCUGUCAUGAAAUCAAAAACGUCUGGCCCGCACACAGACUUAAUAAAUUGGUCAGCAGUACUGCUAUCAGCAUAUGAAGUAGCUUACACACUAAAUGCUGCUCCUCAUUUACACACUAAAAGGCAGCAGCACUCUAAGCAACAUUACCCCGCGUGACCCAUUCCUUCCAAUUUUCUAAAAUGGCGACAAUCGGCCGACGCUUUAAGGAUAGGUGGAAAUUGGACUAUUUCUUCACUAAAAUACGCAACAACUGUGUCUGCCUCAUUUACAAAGAGACAGUCGCUGUUUUUAAAGACUUCAAUGUGAGGCGAUAUUACCAAAAAAGACACGCUGACAUGUACGACAAGAUUACAGGGAAGAUAUGCAGCGAGAAAUUGAAGCAACUUGAAGCUAGUUUAAUUUCACAGCUGCAGUAUUUCGCAAGAACCAGAGAGUCGAAAGAGAUCGCCACAAAGGCUAGUUGCGAGAUUGUUGAAAUUAUUAAUAAAAAAAAAAAAAAAUUAAAAAAGCAAAUAUGACACAGAGAAUGGCUUGCAAAAAUUUGCUUAAAUAUAUUGUUCUACGUAAAGGACGCCAGCCAAGGUCGGCCCCCCCACAUUUUUAACACACCAAAUCUGGCCCUCUUUGCAAAACGUUUGGACACCCCUGCUAUAAGCAAUAUUAAGACUGCAAUUAAUAUAAUUAAUCGGCCCUGAGACAUCGAGCUCCAAGGAACGAUGUAUAUACAUCCCUAGAAUAUACCUACCAAAUUUAAUAGUGAUCGGUCCGCACAUAACAGAGCAGUAGCAAUUUGAAUUCAGCAAUUACUUAGUCUAAUUAAUCAGUCAUGCAAAAACAAAAACAAAGAACAAUCAGACUCGAAGGACUGAUGCAAAAACAUACCGUAUUAUCCACGCUACAAGGCGCACCUUCAGUGAAUGGCGGGUUUUAAAACUUUUUUCAUAUAAAGGGGGGCACCGCAUUCAGGGAUCGGCCCAGGCCAUUUGGGGGCCCUAAGCAAAAUAAUACCAAGGGGCCCAUAUUUUUUCACACCAUUUCGUCACAGUGUACUGUGAAACCCAUACAUGCAAUCCAACCUAUAUGUCCAUAUUUUUUAUAUUAAUCAGAUUUUGUUGCACUGCAUGCUUCAAACUUCUCACCCCAAAUGAUUGUCAGUACUUACAGCAGAUAGCACCAAACCUUUUUCUAAAAGAGGAAAAGAAGUUAAGGAGAAACUUUUAUUUUUUAAGCUUGAAAUUAAGUAUCGAAACUCACAAUAGUCAAAUAAAGCAAACAGUAGUAAACAAAAUAGAAUAUAAAUAAAUAAAUAGAUGUACAUAUAUAAUAAACAAUUGCCAGAUUGGGGGCCCCCUUGUGGUCAGGGGCCCUAAGCAGCUGCAUAGUCUGCGUAUAGGCUGGGCCGGCCCUGACCGCAUUACAGGUAGUCCCCGGGUUACAAACGAGUCCCGUUCCUACGCUGGCAAUGUAACCUGAAUUUCCACAAAAGUCAGACUCAGAUGUCUAUGGAUGAAGGAUACCUACGCUCUGGUUUAGCCCACAUAAAUCUGUAAGUUGUUUCAGCUAAUAUAUGUUUGUGUAUGCAUUUGUAAUUAAGUUUACAGCUACUGUUUGGUGUUACGUGUGAGCGAUUUGCUAUAAGAAUUAUAAAUACCAGUACGUUGGCACUCAUAGCAUUUAAGCCAGCAGACUUUUGUUAGGCAAAUUAGUCUACUUUAAUCUACUAAAUUUAUAUAUUCAGACUAGUUGGACGUUGAACACCAAUUGUUCAAGUGUUUUAUUGUUAAAAUGCAUGUCGUUUUGAACGUAACUGUACUUAUGUGUGUUACGGUUUUACAAAUUGUCAAAAGUAAAGAAAGUAAAAAGCUUCAAAAAGCACAACUGCCUCGUUUGCUGUCUGUAAAGCUGAACAAUAAUAGACAGUACUUAUAUAGCGCAUUUAUCCACAUGGGUACCAUGCCCAAAACGCUUUACAUUAGCACACAUUUACCCUUUCACACACACAUUCACACACCAGUGGUGCUGCUGCUGCCAUGCAAGGCACUGCCAACCUAUUGGGGGUAAAUUAGGGUUGAGUGCCCUGCCCAAGGGCACUUCGAGAGUGGGCAGUCAUAGCCGGGAAUCUAAACACUGACCCUUCGGUCCAAGGACAACGCCAGCUACCAACUGCGCCAUGGCCGCCCAACUACUUCACAUUUAAUGAGGACAGAACAUGUAGUAUUAAUUAAAUAAAGGAAAAAAUAAGAUGAAAUGAUUUGAGACAAAAUGGUGGACGUCGAGUUGAAAUCGUGUAAGUUGAGUGCGUCGUAACCCGGGGACUACCUGUAUUAAGGGGCAGGUUGGGGGUUGCGUUAUGCAUCCACUACAUAGAGCUGUGCUAAAGGGAAUAUGAUGCCAUGAUUAGCCAAUAUUGAUCCUUUUCUUGCGGAAAAUACGGUACAUGGAGUAUAUUUUCAAUUUCAAUUGACCUAGAAUACAAUUUCAUCCUGAUCCGUCCACAAAUAAUGGAGUAGUAGUAAUUUUAGUUAGAGUCCUCCCCAAGAAGAACAAGGACAAAGUUAAUUUUUGAGACCUCCCAUUGGGUGGCAUAAAAAAUACAUAUCCAAUCAGACAUGGUUCCCCCCUGCCUUGUAACAUGAAAAUAUCCAGUAAACUUUACUUGAGAUAAUUGUGUGCUCAGAGUGGGCUUUUAAAGCUUACAGUAUGUGAUUCUUUAUGUUGUAAAACUACUUCACUGAAUGAACAAAGUAGGUAUAAUAUAUCACUGGCUUAAAUUAGAUGCUUCAUUGCCUGCUAAACUGUCAAAUUUUAUUUAAAUGGGAACAUACAAUUCAGUCAUUUUAAGAAAGAACUUAAGGCUGCUUUUAAUACUUGAAACUUGUGAUUUGAGCCUGUAAACAAAACUAGCUUGAAAUGAGGCAUUUUUCUCCUCAUCAGGAUGUUUUACGUAUCUAACGUGUUGGUUAAUAGUUGUGUCACCCUCUGACAGAUUUGUCAGAGCACAUUGUUGAUACACUGUGGGUUUAUCUCUUUUACACAAUAUAAAAAUGUCUCAUCACUGGGUAUUACAAACUUGUACCUUGGGAGCGUUAACAUAAACACAAAACUCCCUAGUGUUUAGUCUUGAUGUUCACAUUAACUCAUACCACCAAUGUUCUGGAGAGAAACUCGAAUAAAUGCAUUUAAAUCA